GUGGUCGUCUUAAAGCUUUGGUCUCAGGUUUGCACGUAGCUUGUAUGAGUUUGAAUGAAAGUAAUAUGAAAGUUAACGAUAAUUAUGUGAUCCCAUCGAAAGAUGAUGUCGAUAAAAAACUUCAACAAAUUCGAACUUCAUUUAUUGAACGAAUUUACGUCAAUCGAACUUGGUCAUAUUAUUUAAGUGCUUGUGAGAUAUUAAAUUUUGCUAAUGUCGUAAUGCAAAUUUAUUUGACCGAUUGGUUCCUAGGAGGAGCAUUUUUGGGUCUUGGUAAAACAGCUGCUGAUACCAGUUAUGGUGGAAAAAUGGAACCACUUGAUGUUGUUUUUCCUAAGGUAACGAAGUGUACAUUCCACAAAUAUGGUCCCACAGGUACGAUACAAACUCAUGAUGCAUUGUGUGUUAUGGCAUUGAAUAUCAUUAACGAAAAGAUUUAUACGUUUUUAUGGUAUUGGUUCAUCAUUCUAUCAUUUUGUACAUUACUCGGACUUAUCUGGAGAUUGAUAACUAUGAUACUGCAUUCUAGAAGCGAGGGUUUUAACAAAUUACUUUUUUCCAUGGCUUGUCCUGGCAAAUACAAUCCAUGGAACGUUGUUAGAGUUACUCGAGAGUAUCAUUUUGGUGAUUGGCUAUUUUUGUAUUACAUAGCAAAAAAUUUAGACAAUUACGUGUUCAAAAAUCUUUUGGAAAGAUUAGCACAAGAUCUCGAUAAUAUUAAUCAAGGACAAUAUUUUAAGACUACUUAUUUAGAUGCUGAAGAAUUUCCUUUGGAAGAAAAAUGAAAGAUAAUUUAUCAAUUGAACCAAACCUAAUUAAAAUAACGUUACAGAUAGAUAAAUCGUAUUAU